AAGGAGAGGAGUCGAUGCGGGCAUUUGCUCGGACUGUAGUGGUGGAUACCUCGUUGCCCCAUUCGGCCGAAGAACUCAUUGUUUCAAGUAUAAGGGAACAAGUUGCCGGUUACAUUCCAUAUCGUUCUCCUGAAGAAGAAAUAGGAGAAAGAAGGCACAUCUUGAAGCUAGAUAUUCGUAUAGGGAAAGUAGUAUUGAGAGACCAAUUCGAGUGGGAUCGUAGUAAUGCCGACAACUCACCCGAAGAGUUUGCUGAAACUCUGUGUAAAGACUUGGGUCUCACUAGAGAAUUCGUUCCAGCAGUUGCGCAUGCCAUACGAGAGCAACUACAAGAACUAGCCGAACACCCAUAUACUCGCUGUUUGCAGGGUUCCGUUCCUGCCUCCGGUAUAUAUAGAAAACCCGAAACGCUUUCACAGUGGCAGCCAGUCGUGGAAAUUUUGACAGAUGAUCAACUUGAGAAGCUCGAGAGGAGAGAGACGAGAGACGCGCGCGUGGCAAGGCGUAACAAAGGACGAGAGUCCAUUCGUUCAGGUACUGGUACGACAGUAAGCUAUCCCGAACCGAAUGUAAGAAAAAGACCAUUAAGAUCGUUUGGAAAUGGUUAUGAUUUUUUCAACUCGUCCAAGGCGAAGAUUGCAGAUUCUGAAGCAGAACAGCAACCUUUGUAUAAACGAGCCUCCAAAGUCCCAAAGCCUCAAACCUCACCGACACCUUUAGAUGUGAUGUACUCCAAUCCCAUUGGAAUUGCAAACAACAGAAGGAUGGAAAUUCAACAACGUAUGAGUAAUUUCAGCUAUUCAAUAGGAAGAGGUUCAUUUAGUAGUCAUCAACCACUCAUGAGGGCUCCGUCCUUUGAUGAGGACAUUCGAUGUCAGAACUGUGGAAUACCACGUCGUGAUACUCCUUUGAUGAGAGCAGGACCGGCUGGUAAGCAGACUUUGUGCAAUCGAUGUGGACUCUACUAUAGCAAAUAUAAUGUUCUUCCUGAUCCAAAGGAAACUGAAACUGGAUAAUUUAUACAGGUGUUUUAGUAACAUUUAAUACGCCGUAGCCAAUUUUCUA